AUGGUCGCCAUCAGCAAAUCAGAACAGGAAGCCAUUCUUAACAAAUGUAUUAACAACAUCAAACAUCAACUGAAGUUGAUGAAGUCAAACCUCGACGAAUGCAAGUUAUUGCCGGCACUAAAGAAUUGUUCAAAUUUCUUGAACGAAUUGCGUGUCAGCCAAUUGAGUCCCAAACAGUACUAUGAAAUAUACAUUAUGGUGUUUGACACUUUGGAAGUACUUAGCGGACACUUGGUUAGUAGUGCUCCACAACUUAAGAGCAAGAAAAAGAAGAGCAAGAGUGUCGAUGAAGAGUCAGAAACAGGCAACACUGCAUCAUCCACCGACAAUGGUGCCACCGAGAAUGAUGACAGUGUAUCUGUAGCCAAAACAAACGCAUUUCUUGCUGAUCUAUACGAAAUUGUGCAGUAUUCUGGAAACAUUGUCCCUCGAUUGUACAUGAUGAUUGUGGUUGGAACCGCUUACAUGACAUUACCAGGAGCACCAACCAAGGAUCUAAUGAAGGACAUGAUUGAAAUGUGUCAUGGGGUUCAGCAUCCCAUUCGAGGAUUAUUUUUACGAUACUACUUGUCACAACGCACCAAAAACUCCCUUCCCUUCAAGAGCAAGGCUGAUCUUAAUGAGACGGUUGAAUUUUUGAUCACCAACUUUAUCGAAAUGAACAAGUUAUGGGUAAGAUUGCAACACCAGGGACAUUCUUCUGAACGUGAGCUUCGGUAUAACGAACGGAAAGAGUUGAAAAUCCUUGUUGGAUCGAAUUUAGUCCGAUUGAGUCAAAUCAUCGAUGACUAUGACUCUGAAGCUACUGGUGAUAAAGAGUAUUCAGCAAUUGAAUUUUAUCAAGAUAAGGUGUUUACCGCAAUUACUGAACAAAUCAUUCAAUGCCGUGACCAUUUAGCUCAGACUUAUUUGAUUGACGUAUUGAUUCAAAUCUUCCCCGAUGAGUUUCAUUUCGCCACUUUGGAAAACCUAUUGAAUCAAGUGUUUGUAAAUUUGCAUCCGUUGUUGAACAAGAGUGAAUUGGUGAACACAUUGAUAGAAAAGUUUAUUACAGAUAAUAGGUUUGUCAUUGACUCAACAACGAUAGAUGCGAAUGGUGGUGCGGGUGAUGCUGCCGUUGCGAUUGAGAAUAAACAACUGACUGUUGAUGUAAAGUCAUUGUUUAACACUUGUUGGCAAUUUUAUCUCAACUUGAACGAAUCAGAGUCGGAUUUGUCCUUACAAGAACAUGCAAAGUUACUUGAAUCCUUUAUCAAGUUAUCUUUGACGUUUGACCCUUCAAGUUUUGAGAACUUGGAUGUCAUUUAUAAGUACGUGGCUGAGAAUUUGAUCAAUGAUGAUGAGGAAAAUGAGCAACAGCAACAAGUGUUGGUACAGUUGCUUGGUGAAUCAAUUGGUCACUUUACGUCAAUAAAGACGAUAUUGACAUUGCAAAACUAUUUUAAUUUCUUCAACAAAUUGAAUUCAAACUUGCAAAGGAAAAUUGCCUUGAUUAUGAUUGACCAAGUAUUGUUGAUACGGGAAGAGGAAGAGGAGGUGAAACCGAGUGAUGAAUGUGAAUUUUACUCAUCUGUGCAAGAGAUUGACGGCAUUUUCAAAUACAUCUUGGUGUUAAUUAAAGAAGCGCCAGCUAAUCUUGAUACGGCACAAGACUUGGGGAUCACGAAAACAAUAAAAAUCAAGAACGGAGAGCAAUUGGUUACGUUGGAAUUUCUUGAAGUACAAGAGAAAUUGAACAAGUUGAUACAAUUGGUUGAUAAUCCGCAAAACCCCAAAUUGGCUAUUGCUAACUUGUUUUAUUUACGGAAAAAGUAUUUGAAUAAGAAUUUCCAAAGUUUGGUCUUUACUUAUCCUACAUUGAUUGAUAGGAUUUUAUUCAAAUUGAAACUAGUUGGGUAUAUCCAUUUACAGAAGCAAAGACAAAAGCGAAAGCUGUUCAAAUCGAAGCAGAAAAGGAAGAGUGUUGAUGUUUCUACUAGUGCAGAUGACAACAGCACUGAUGAAGAAGAUGAGGUGAAUCGAUUCCUUGUGUCCAAUUUCAAGAACUUAUCUGUGGUAAUUGAAGAGAUGUAUCAAAUCCAUGGUGAAUAUUCAUCUGAAUUGAUACUUCGAAAGUAUCUUGAUGUAGCUAUGGUCUCGGAUCAAUUGAAGUUGAACUCAAUCACGUUGGAAAUCUUCAAUCAAUGCUUUAUCAUUUACGAAGAGCACUUGAUUGUGUUAUCGCAACCCUACAAAUUCGGUGAACCGAGAGUUGGAGGAGGUGGUGGUGGUACUGGUGGUGGUGCUGGUGGAUUUAGUGGAGGAGGAUUUUCAGUCGCUUUGCAAUCGAUUUUGUCCAUUGCGAAUACGUUACUAAGAACGAGGUAUUUACCAAGAGGUGAUUAUGAAGAGUUGAUUGUCAAGUUGACAUUGUAUGGAAGCAAGUUGUUGAAGAAACAAGAUGGGUGUCGUGCCAUUUAUUCCUGUGCCCACUUGUUUUGGUGGAAUGAAAACUUGUUGCCACUGGAUGAAGAGUCUCCAACUGUAAAGGACGUAGAAGCUGAAACUGAGAAUGAGAAAGAACAAGAUUCGAGGAAAAAAGAUGGAGAGAAAGAAGGCAGCGACAACAACAACAACAACAACAACAACAACAACAACAACAACAAGGGCAAAGAAGAAAGUGCAAGUGCAGAAGCACCUCAAUUGUAUCGAGAGUCCAAAAGAGUAUUGGAAUGCAUUCAAAAAUCACUUCGACUUGCAGAUUCAAUCAUUGAUCCAUACAUUAGUCUUCAAUUAUUCAUUGAGAUUUUGAAUCAAGCUUUGAUUUUCAAUACUUAUGGCAAUGAAUUGAUUGAUAACAAAUUCAUCAGUGGAUUGAUUAAUCUCGUAAGAACCAAUAUGGAUAACCUUCGUGAUCAAAAUGGAGGAGAAAAAACAGGAGGCGAUGUUAGUGAAGAAGAUGUUGAGACUAGAAUGUUUAGGCAGAGCCAAUUGUUUUUCAACCACACUUUGCAACAGAUUAGUCUAUAG